GAGAGGUGCGCUCUUGUUUUUCCAUCAUCCUCAUACCUCUUCAAUGGAUGCUUCCACUGGAGCGUGUUCAUCCUGUGCCUCAAAUGAGUCCUGUUUUCCCCUCGCCGUCGCCCCACUCCUAGAUGCUAAUGCAAUGCCGAGACCAUUGCCUGGUCAUGCUUCCGUGACCAAUGGUACUCCCCUGCCGAAUCUCGAACAGUCAACCAUGAACCCAAACAACUCCGUCAUAAUCAUGCAGAACAACCACAUUGCGGAAGGGGGAACCAUCAACAUAUUUUCAAGUCACUGCAUCGCCGUGACCAAGUUAGAGCGCGUAGUCCCAACUACAGAACCCACACCCUUGGAGCUUCCAUUGGUGAAGCAGAUAGCGCCAUUGGAACACGGUCGCGAAAGUAUAGUUUUGAGCGGCAACUCGUUUGGCGAGUGCGUCAUGAUAAACGUAGGAUCGCCAGGUUGCACUGGAGCUGGUAGGUCGUUAAAUUUUAAUUUAGCUUAUUUGGACGAAUACGGCUUUACUAUCGUUUUUAUCAGUUAAACAAACCGCUCUUGCAUCCCAAGUCAAUCCCGUCUAGCGGGAUGAAGUGACGGUAGACGUUGCAACUUUGAUUUGCUGGUCUUGUAAGGUUCUGUUCAUCUGUGCAAUACGCCUCUGUAAAAGUUACAAUAUACCAACAAUUUUGGAAUGGGACAAAUCGUACACACCUAAGCUUCGUGUUCGCUGACACAUUCACAUCGAGCAUGCCUCACGGAAGAUACUAAUGAGCUUACAAUAAAUAAAUACUCACGUGACUCAGAGAGACUUGAAUCUUGGUGGGGUGCGCACCGUCACCUCUAGAU